GGGCGGGACCGGGGUUUCCUGUUGACUGGCGCCAGCCCCGUCAUAUGAUCGCCGAGCGCACCGACGGGCAGCGGCGCCGGACUCGCCAUGGCGCUGGAGGGCGGGAUGAAGUGCGUGAAGUUUCUGGUUUUCAUCUUCAACUUCAUCUUCUGGGUGUGCGGCGUGGCCCUGGUGGCCAUCGGCAUCUACGCGCAGGUGGCCCUCAAUAAGGCGCUGGUGAUGGGCAGCGCCCCGGCUGCCAGCAGCCCCGUGGCCAUCCUGGUGGUCGGCAUCGUCAUCUUCUUCGUCUCCUUCUUCGGCUGCUGCGGCGCCUGGAAGGAGAGCUACUGCAUGGUCACCACGUUUGCCGUCCUGCUCAGCAUCAUCUUCCUGGUGGAGAUCGCUGCCGCCAUUGCCGGCUACGUCUUCAAGGAUAAGGUCCGCUCGAAGCUGGAGGAGGGGCUGUGGGACACCAUGCGCAAGUAUGGCGAGGACCAGCCACUGACUGAGGCGGUGGACAAGCUCCAGGAGGACUUCCACUGCUGCGGAGCCAGCAACUACACGGACUGGGCCAGCAUCGAGCGGUUCAGGGCCAACGACACCGUGCCCCGGUCCUGCUGCCGCAUCAACACCACCACCUGCAACAUCCACCCCAGCCCCGCCACCGUCUACGAGAAGGGCUGCCUGCAGGCUAUGGAAGCCUGGAUGAAGAAGAACAUCCUCAUCGUGGCCGCCGUUGCGCUGGGCAUUGCCUUCUUCGAGAUCCUGGGCAUCAUCUUCACCUGCUGCCUGAUGAAGGGCAUCCGCAGCGGCUAUGAGGUCAUGUAGCCCCCGAUGGGCACCGCGGCAACCCCAGCCCUCGCUGCCCCCACCUGGGGGGGCCCCAUGUGCCAAACACCCCCCCACCCCCAUGGGGGUCGCUGCCACCAGACCCCCCCCUGCUGUGUGCCAACAAGGGCUGGAGGGGCAGCACAGGGGGUUGGGGAAAUAAAACAAAAAGCUUCCUUAAA